AACGCACAAGCAAGAGAGGGCGAGCCAUUGACUGAGCAAUGGCGGGACACAAACGGCCAGGAGGCCCAUCGGGCGGAGCAGGCCCCAAAGCGACCGUGUUCCGAAAGAGCGCAAAGAAGCAAAGGCUCGACUCGGAGCAGACUCAGUCCAAGCCAGAGUCGAAAGGUCAGGGCGCGCACUCGAAGCAGAAGGAGCGAGGCCAACGUCCGCCAAGUGCGAAUGGGAAUGGGAAGCCGAGGCACAGGGACGGCGCCCAGUCUGGAAAAGGGCCUAAAACAACGAUACCCAGUAGAGGCAAGGACGAAGUUGCGCUCAAGAAAAUCGGAAGCAAGGACAGCAAGGGAAAGCCCAAGCCCAGGUCGAAUGCUGCACCGGAAAAGAAGAAGGCGGGCAGCGAGACGCUGAUGCCAAGCACGAUGGAAAUCCCGCCACCUCCAGCGCCCGCCACCUCGUUUCGUAUUCUGGCAGGGAGCUAUGAGAGGCUCCUCUACGGCUUCCAUGUCACCUUCCAGCAGCAGCAGCAACAAGCAUCGUCCUCAUCAGCCCAGCAACUGCAGCCAGCGUUUCGCCCAAUCUUCUCGUUUGCUGCGCAUACCUCUUCGAUCAGCGCACUGGCCGCAGCUGGUGCCGACUCAAAGUGGCUCGCGACCGGUGCAGGCGACGAGACGGUGCGCGUCUGGGAUCUCCGAAAGCGCAAGGAAGUCGGCGGUCUGACUGGUCACGGAGGCACGAUUCUCAACCUGUCGUUCCCCGCGAGGACCUACCUUUUGUCGACGGACUCAUCGGGUCUGAUCAACCUCUACCGGACGCGGGACUGGUCACUGCUCAAGACGCUCAGGGGCCAUACUGGCGCAGUCAACGCCUGUCGUGCUCACCCCUCUUGUCGUCUCGCGCUGUCGGUGGGCAAGGAUGGAAUGCUGCGCAUGUGGGAUCUGAUGCGUGGAAAGGGCGCUGGGGCCGUCCGUCUCAAUCUGGGCGUCCCUGCUCGAGACGAAGACGAAGAAGAGGACGAGGAGGACGAUGAAGACGAGGAUCUAGAGGAGGUCGCCCGCUCACGGAAGCGCAAGGUGCCAGCCGAAGAGCCGCUCGACGUCGUCUGGUCGCAGUCCGGAACCCACUUUGCCGUCAUGGGCCGGACAGUGGUCAACGUCUAUCAGACGGACAUGAAGCUUGUAGGCGCCGUCCGGGUGCCCAAAGAUGCGGCGAGGAAGAAGAUGGCCAGCGUUGCGUUUGCUCCUUCCGACAGAGACGAAGACGGCGCCUUCCUGUGCGUGGGCAAGGAGGAGGGCGUCGUGGAGCUUUACGACGUGCAGGAGAAUCUCAAGCAAGCAAAGGCGGUGUGGGACGAGCCGAGCUGCGUCCUCAAGGGCCACGGCAAUCGGGUCAAGUCCAUCUCCUCGAUCCAGGUCGUGACAUCGCCAGAGGAGAACAAGACGACGAGGCUGAUUGUGACGAUCAGCUCUGACGGGAAGAUUCGCAUCUUUGACAUUGGAGGCAUUGCCGCAGGAGCCAAGGGCGAGGAGGUCGAGGCGAUUGCGACACACGACACGGGCGGUGCGCGCCUCACAUGUCUCGGUGUCGUGGGAGGGUCUGGCGGUCUGGCUGCGGAGCGCGAGGCGCAGGAGGAAGAGCUUGACGAGGAUGACGGCGACGGCGACGACGAGGAUGCUGAUCUGAGCGGAAGCAAUGUCGAAGGAGGAACCGACGAGGAGCUGGACCCCGAAGAAGCUGAGGAGCUCCAGAGGCUGCUGGACCUGGUCGACGAAGCAAGAGCCCAGGGUGUCGAGGUAGAGGGCAUGAGCGACCUUGAAGGCCUGCUCGAAGAGCCCGACGAAGACGAUGAAUCGAGCGGCGAGGAUGAUGAGGAGGAAGGCGAGGAAGAGGAAGAUGAGAUGGAAGACGAAGACGACGAAUAGAGUUCCCUCUUUUGUAAUAUGAUUG